AACCCUCGCUAUAUAUACUCGCUGUCUAAGCCUCUGCAAACCCUCUCUCGCUCCUUCACCGCUUUAUUCCUCUUGCUAUCUGCAAUCUAUUCCUUGUUUGGAUCGAUCCGAGGGCAAGUUCGCAAUCAUGUUGGUGUAUCAGGACUUGCUUACUGGUGACGAGCUUCUCUCGGAUUCGUUUCCAUACAAGGAAAUCCACAACGGCGUGCUCUGGGAAGUCGAGGGAAAGUGGGUUGUUCAAGGAGCUAUUGAUGUGGAUAUCGGUGCAAACCCUUCUGCUGAAGGUGGCGAAGACGAUGAGGGUGUUGAUGACAAAUCUGUGAAGGUGGUUGACAUUGUUGACACAUUCAGACUCCAGGAACAACCUGCUUUUGAUAAGAAGCAGUUUGUUGCAUUUAUCAAGAAGUAUAUCAAGUCGUUGACACCAAAGCUGGAAGCAGAGAAGCAAGAGGAAUUCAAAAAGAACAUUGAGGGAGCAACUAAGUACCUGCUCUCGAAGCUCAGUGACCUCCAAUUUUUUGUGGGGGAGGGCAUGCACGAUGACAGCACCUUGGUUUUUGCUUACUACAAAGACGGUGCCACUGACCCGACAUUUUUGUAUUUCGGACAUGGCUUAAAGGAGGUCAAGUGUUAAGAAAGAGAAAAUGGUGACACUGAGCUUCAGAUUGGUGCUUGCUUCAGUUUUAGUUAUUGCAUUUUUUUCUUGCCUUGGUAGUGUGGAACUUAAAAGGUUAUGCCAUAUUGUUUGAUACUUUUUCUGGAUCAUGCGUUUGUCUUAACUUAAUUGUGGUUUUGUUCAAGUCUGACUAAUGAACUGUACGUCGCCUGUGAGUCUUGUUAUAAAUUUAUAGCAUAUCUAGUAUAAGUUGGCAUC